GGGAUGGAGCUGAAGGUGUGGGUGGAGGGCGUGCUCAGGGUGGUGAGCGGCCUCUCGCCCAGCACUUCCUGUGAGGAGGUCGUCGUCGCUCUGGCAAAAGCCAACGUUAUACGGAGGGGGUGA